AUGGAGCAAUCAACAUCACAACCAACAGCCCAGGAUAAUAAUGCUCAGUCUGCUGUUGAUGAGGCUUCAUUUCCUACCGAUUACUGGAAUAAUAUCGAUGGCAUAUAUCCGGAAUUAGAUGUUCAACAAUCAGACCAACAGAUGCAAUCCCAUCAGCAACAGGCCCCCCAAGGCAUUACAUGGGAUCAUCCAAUAUUUUCACAGACCAACCAGCAGCCUGAGCGACAGGCAUCAUUUUCUCAGCAGAAUGAACAUAUCCGAGAUUUCUACUCCGGGACACCUCAGACAUGGGGCCAACCGGCUUCUUCAGCCCAGACGGCAAAUGAAGUUUCUGGUCAAGCAUACGGACUUUCUCAUCAACAUCCGUACCCCAUGCAGCAGUUCCCUCAGGAUCAGGUCUCUUUUAAUGCUCGCACGCUAAGUCCUGAUAAUCUUGCUUAUCAAUAUUCGAUACCUGGCCAAUACUAUCAGCAACCUGGUCUACAGCCUGCAGAUCCAUAUGCUCAGCAACAGCCCCGACAUCAGGCGAUUGCUCCCCGGCCUCCAUCGACUCAGCAGCAGGCCGUUCUGCCCGCAGGUUCCCAGUCUACGCAAGGCCAUCAGUAUAUCAUGCCAGCUUCUAAUGUGGCAGGCACAGCACAGGCACGCAACUUCAACCAAUACGGAGAUGCGGCAACUCCAGGCAUGAACUUUCAAAGCACGAUCGACCCACAGUUCCUUUCUUCACUUCAAGAAGCAGCUGGUGGGCCCUCUCAAUCAUCCCAGAACCAGUUCUUGUUCUAUAACCCUAUUGCCUCGUCUUACGACCGCCCCAAUGACCCAAAGGCAUUUCAAGCUUUUCCCGACAACCUGAGCCAACUCAAUGCUGAGCAGCUCAAUGCUAGACAACAGUUAGCCCCUGGAUUAAUGGCGCAGCUGCCACAAAUAGCACCCUAUCCUACCGGUCCUGGCAUGCUAGCCCCAAAGCCAGCUGCAGCUCAAGUGAUAACCCCACCUAAGAAACGCGGAAGGCCGAGGAAAUACCCGCUGAAAUCGCCCAGCACGAAAGGGAGAUCCGCUUCGGACUCCGAGAGUUCUGAUUCAGAGUUGGAAGUCGAGGAACCGGACGAACCUUCACCUCUACCCGCAGUGCGUCCAGCAGAUCCAGAGGGAGCUGUUCAAUACGAUACAAUUAAAGCAAUCUGGUCGCCACGUAAUAAGUAUCCUAGCGUGGAUAAGAUUAAGAAUGCCCUUGUUGCGUUCAAGGACGUGGUAAAAACAGUCAGGGAUGAAUGGAAGUCUCUCAGUCAGGCAAUGAAGGACGCCGAGAACCAAAACAACAACGAGAUAGCGUCGGAGUUGAGAAACAAAGUGGUUCAGCAACGGAAACUAAUCAACACCGUUAUCACCGCGACGUUAGACAAAGGCCACCCUGUUAUUAUUGAAAAAUUAGGGGAACACCCAAUGGCUGUUGCAGCGUUAUACUCUUUUCUGCUUGAUCGUCACCAAGCCUCAGACUAUGAGGGCGUGCUACUGGUGAACAUCCUGACGUUAUUAUCACGUUUCACGACAAUGGACGACGAUGUCCUUCUCAAGACUAAUGUCUCCAAACUUUUGCCAAGGAUCAUCAAAAAGGGUAUCCAACCGGGCAAAGAUCUUGCUCAAAAGAUAUUGGACAACGCAGCUCAAUCAACGAAACGGAAGCAAGAGUCUUCGAGCAGCUCGCCUGGCCGAGAUGCAACUCCUGACAAAUCGAGUGAAACUUCGUCUGUGACCGGAAUCAAGCGGGUCCGCGAUGGAGAAUCGAAUGGUCUUCCAGCCACCAAGAAGAUGGUGACGCCAGGUGCAGCAGCAAAAGGUGGUCCUUCUACUAAGGUGACUGUCGGCAACGCUGCCAAAGCCGCGGAUGGGAAAGCCACUACCGCACCAGCUGCACGACCUAAAGCCAGCAUCGUUCCUCCUAAGCCAACCAGUCUUUUUGGCAGUCUCACCUCUGCAUCCAAGAAGCCCGGAACAUCCAAUGCAGCACGAGCUGCUGCCGCCGCUGCCGCUGCGGCUAAGGAGAAAGGGGGUGCUGUGGCCGAAAAGAAGAAUUCACCACAACCAGCAUCGGCCAAACCAGCUUUCUCGUUUGGCGACCUUUUGGCAGACCUCAGCAAGAAAGAGGAAGCCAACGCCAAGAAAGCCUCUGAUGACCAGCCUCCUGAAACCGAAGAAGAGCGUGAAAAGCGCCUUCGAAAGGAAGCACGACGGAAACUUCGUGUCAGCUGGAAGCCAGACGAUUCCCUUACUGAGGUCCGUUUGUUCACCCACGAUCCUGAAGAAGUUGGUGGUAUGGAUGAUGGCCUAAAGAGGGAUGUGGACGAUAUUAAAAGUGAAGGUCGUAUGCUUAAACUUCAUAAAGACCUGGAUGUGGACGACGAGGAAGAGGUGGAGCCGCAGGAGGAAGAAAUCCAUCCUUGGACAAGCCUGCCUACGGCUGAACCGGAUGGGUUGAGCAGUGAGGAUCGAGCAAACAACUUCAUCAAACGAGGUGGAGACAAGGAGCCGGACAGCCCUGAGAAGUUGGCGCAGGAAAGCAGAGAAGCCACUACCUUAAUGGUUUUCUAUACCUCUGCUGCAGAUGUACCAACUUCUCCUAAAGAACCACCAGUGCCUACUGACGAGGAGCCUCCCACAACGCAACUGCCGUUUGGAGAGCCGGAUGACAAGAUCAAGGCCCGCUCGGCUCGCUACUUUGCCAUGGUAAACACACAACCCGCACCGACCGCUGCGCCUGUUGUACCUGCCAUACCUGCUGCACCCACUGCGCCAAUCCUUCCCGGCGCUCCUCUUGAUAUUGCCAAUCUACUGAAAGUUAUUCAAAAUGCACCUCAGCAGGCACGAUCUACACCACCUCCUGUGCUUCCUCUGCAAGCGGUGCAAUCACAGCCGAAUCCUCUCGCGAAUCUUGAGCAGACCAUCAAUUUAUUCCGACAGCAACAACAACAAGUACAGCCUGUCAUUCCCCAGAUUCCCCAGAUUCCACAAAUUCCUCAAAUCCCCCAAGUUCCUCAGGUUCCUCAAAUUCCUGUUUCCGCUCCAUCAGGGCAACCAAUUGACUUCCAGAAGAUCCUUGCCGUGCUGAAUGCUUCGAAGCAGUUAGCCCAACAACAGCAACCAGUCGCUCCACAAAUGCCUACUACACAACCAGGAAUCGCUCCCAAUCUAGCAGCACUGGUUUCCCAACUCAGUGGUAACCAAGCGGGCACCCCAAUCUCGCAACCACCACCACAACAACAACAACAACAACAACAACAGCCACCGCCAGCUCAAUCUUCCUCUGGUUUUUACGAAGACCCAGAACGGAAACGAUACCGUGACAUGGGUCGCGGAUACGACAACAAUGGCUACGGAAGCAACGCCAAACGCCCGCGUAUGUACGUUGAUCCCGAAGCCAAGAAACAUCCCCGCGCAGGAUCUGUGCCCUGUCGUUUCUGGCGUGAAGGCAAAUGUCUCAAGGGUGAAGAUUGCACUUUCCGUCAUGACCCUGCUGAUUUGGUUUAAUCGGUUGACUUCCUUGAUACCCUGAUCGUUAUGUCGUUUCUCUUUUCCGUUCCGCAUCAUGCGUGGUCAUAUCACUAUUACAGUGAGAGUUUUCAUCUAAAUCACGGCGUUUAUCCAAGCAUAUCUUCUUCUUCUUCAUAGAGGGCUUUCUUUCCUCGGCAAUCUCCUUACAGAGUAACAACACCCUGUAUAAUAAUAUUUGCAGUACUGGCGUUUUCAUUUUUCAUAUUUUCAGC